GUGAAAACCAUCAACUUGUUAAUUGUGUCAUCUUUCUCUUCCUCUCUCAGGAACCCAUACUCUGCACUAUGACCUCAUGGCCUUGUCUCUGGAGGCGUCAAGGAAGUCCCAAUUCAGGGCCCAGGGAUACAUUGACAAUGAGCUCUUCCUGCGCUAUGAUGGCUACAGGAGAAGAGCAGAACCCUGGGGGCCUAGGAUCAAGGGACAUAGAGGAGCUGAGAUCUGGACAAGAGAGACUGAGGACAUGCAGGAGAAGGAGGAGCAACUCAGGAGGAUGCUGACUGAGGUCAUGACCCAGAAGGGCCAGCAUGGAGGCAUUCACACCCUUCAGGCAACUUUUGGCUGUGAAACCCAAGGAAACAACACUGGAAGCUUCUGGCGCUUGGGCUAUGAUGGGCAAGACUUCCUCACCUUUGACCAGAAGAGCCAAACGUGGAAAGCGGCUGUGCCUUCAGCACACUCAUCUAAGAAAAUCUGGGAGAGGCAUGGCCCCAGCGUGGAUCAAGUUAAGACCAUUCUAAACAGCAUAUGUCCUGACCGUCUACAGAGAUAUUUGAUUUAUUUGGAGAACGAGUUGAUGGAUACAGGUCCCCCGAAGGUGACAGUGUCCAGAAGGCCAUACCCAGUGGGCAGGAUCACCCUGACGUGCCGGGUUUUUAAUCUGUAUACUCCUGUGGCCACCUUGGCCUGGCUUCAGAAUGAGAGGCCAAUACAGCAGCAUUCAUUUGGCCCUGGGACCAUCCUUCCCAGUGGAGAUGGGACCUUCCAGACCUGGGUGUCUAUUUGGGUUCUUCCUGGACAGGAACCACACUUCACCUGCCGCCUGAGGCACCGCAGCAAGAACAUUGAUGUCACUACUGCCCUUGGACCUCAAGCUAGGGAAAGUGAUGGAGCCACCAGCUCUGCUUCUGCUCUUACAGCUUCUGCUUUUCUUGCCAUGUUGGUAUUUCUAGCCAGUGCCUAG